UCUCUGCCCUAUACCCGGCCUGGGCAUAUGCUUGUUUCGAUGGCGCUGCCGGUCCCCCCAGAUGGGCUGUCCAGACUCCCCCAGCCGCAGCAACCCACGAAAGAACUACCGAAAAUGGAGCGCGGGCUCAGCUUCACAACCGGGAACGCUUUCUACAGGCGCGAGAGUGCGGUAGGGAGAGACCUGAGUGUUCUAGCGGCCAUAGCCUACAAGAGAGAGCACGGUCAGCUCCGAGCACUGGAUGCUCUGUGUGGGUGCGGAGUGAGAGCAAUGCGGUACCUUGUGCAGGCUAGUGCUGACUUUGUCUGGGCCAACGAUGCCUGCGACCAUCUUCGUCCCGGCAUUCUUGACAACCUGCGAGCUGUAGCUCCUCCUUCCUGUUCUUCUUGUCCUACCGAAAGGUGGAAAGUCAGCACUCAAGACGCCAACAAGCUCCUUCUCGGCUGCUACCUUGCCGACGAUUACUACGACCUCAUCGACGUCGAUUCUCACGGGAGUAACUCCGUCUUCUUUGGCUCUGCUCUGGCUGCCCUCAAACGUGGUGGCCUCGUCUAUGUCACCUCCACCGACGGCUUCUCUUGCAGCAAGCGGCCUUAUAAUGCACUUGCAUCAUACGGAACUUUCACCAGGCGCCUGCCGUUUAUCAACGAGAUCGGGCUGCGAAUGGUCAUUGCUGGCGUCGUGCGCGAAGCUGCCACCCGAAACUUGAGGAUGCGUCCCCUUUUCUCGCACUAUUCUGCCCACGGACCAGUGUUUAGAAUCAUGCUCCGGAUGGAGCACGGCGAACUUGAUCUCCGCACUAACUACGGAUUCAUAGCGCACUGCAGCGAAUGUGGGGCAUUCCAGAGCGUUUCUUGGGACGAACUCGGCCAAACAUCAGCUUGCAGUUGCUCCAAGAAGAACACGUAUACGGGUCCAAUAUGGAUCGGCCCUCUGCACAACAUAGCAUAUGUACAAACAAUGUCACGGUUAGCCAAGGAAUUAAACUGGAUUGCCUCACCUGGAUUUGAUAUGAAGAAACUCGAUCCUGAAACUUCAAAAUUGACCGAGGUGCUAGAUGUAAUGCUGGAGGAAAGCAAUCCAACUUUGCCAUGCGGUUACAUUGGGCUUCACGAGAUUGCAAGCAGAGGAAAGAUCCCAACUCCCAGAAGAGAUACCUUGACAAGGCGACUACAAAAGGUACAUCCGGUCACUCGUGCUGCUGCUGUGAAUCUCUUCUCUCUUUUUUUUUUGCAGGAAGGAUACGUAGUGAGCCGGUCGCAAAUCGAGCCAAACUCGCUCAAAACCAACGCAUCAGUAGCUGAAUGUAUUCACGUAGCGCAGCAACUGUUCGCCUUGCAACACGACAAGCUGUCAAUACAAAGCUAGAAUUUUGUGUCGUACCUUAGCAAUUACCAGCUAUGAUUGUUGCU